AUGUUAUGCAAUGAUGCUUUGUUGGUGAAGCAGUUGUGGAGGGUGAUCACCAAGCCCCAGUUGCUUAUGAGUAGGAUCAUCAAGAGCAUGCCAUGGUGGAAAGUUAGAUGGCUGUUGCAAAAAGGCUUGCAAGUGGAGGUGAGAAAUGGAACAUCAUUGAGGAUUCAAGAUCACAACUGGGUGCUAGGGAUUAUAAACAUGGGGCCUCGAAUCAAGCAGGAAUUCAGUGGGAAAACCAUGUGGGUGAAAGAUUUGAUAGACAAUGAGAUCAAUUCCUGGAAUGUGCAUAAAGUGGCAGAAGUUUUUGAGAUAGAGGAUUGUGAGGUUGUGAUGCAAAUCCAAACUAUCAAUUGUGACACUGAAGAAAGAUGGAGGUGGACAUUGCAUAAGACAGAACAUAAAGAAAAUGUAAAGAAGCAAAUUUUUUAA